AUGGAGGUCGUGAGUGCCUCCCAUGGCGCGUUUGUUCCUCUGCUGGGGAAGCUCACCACCUUGCUGGCCGAUGAGUGUGCUCGGCUGAAAGGGGUCCGUCGUGAGAUCCGAUCCCUCAGAUCAGAACUCGCGAGCAUGCAUGCUGCAUUCAAGGAGUAUACAAAGCUAGAAGACCCAAAUGACCAAGUGAAGACAUGGAUAUCGCUGGUUAGGGAGUUGGCCUACGAUACCGAGGAUGUCUUCGACAAGUUCAUCCACCAGCUUGGCAGCGGAAGCCAUCAUGGUGGUUUCAAGGAGUUCUUCCGCAAGACCGCUCGUCGUCUCAAGACACUUGGGUCUCGUCGCGGAAUCGCUGCCCAAAUUGACGAUCUCAAAGAUCGCAUCAAGCAAGUGAAAGAGCUCAAGGAUAGUUACAAGUUGAAUGAUGUUUCUUCUAGUACAACUGGUGUUGCAACUGUGGAUCCCCGGCUGCAUGCGGUCUUCGCUGAGGAGGCACACCUUGUGGGCGUGGAUGUUCCAAGGGAUGAUUUUGCGAAGUGGAUGGUUGAAGAAGGAAACAACUCAUCGAAAGCUCGCAAGGUGUUGUCUAUUGUUGGCUUUGGUGGAUUGGGAAAAACAACACUAGCAAAUGAGGUAUAUCGCAAAAUUCAAGGGAUGUUUGAUUGUAAGGCUUUCGUAUCGGUCUCGCAAAAACCAGAUAUAAAGAAAAUUAUGAAGGAUGUGAUCUCUCAAGUGUCAUGCCAAGGUCGACCCGCAAAAGAUACCAGUGAUUGGGAUGAAAUGAAGUCUAUUUCAGAGCUAAGAGUACUACUACAAAAUAAAAGGUAUCUCAUCAUCAUUGGUGAUGUAUGGUCUGCGCAAGCAUGGCAAACUAUCAAGAGUGCUUUUCCAGAAAAUAAAUGUUCUAGCAGAAUUAUAGCUACUACACGCAUCAUUGACGUAGCAAAGUCAUGUUGUCCGGGUGUUGAUGAUCGUGUGUAUGAAUUGAAACCCCUAAGUGAUCUGCACUCCAGAAGAUUGUUUUUCAAAAGAUUAUUUGGCUCUGAGGAACAUUGCCCUGUCAUGUUGAAGGAAGUUUCUAAUAAAAUUUUAAAGAAAUGUGGAGGCCUACCAUUGGCAAUUAUCAGCAUAUCUGGUUUGCUAGCAAACCGACCAGCCAUUAAGGAAGAAUGGGAGAAGGUUAAGAGGUCAAUUGGUUCUGCACUGGAGAAAACUAAGAGUCUAGAGGGCAUGAGUAGCAUACUAUCUCUUAGCUACAAUGAUCUUGCACCUCCUCUCAAGACAUGCUUGUUGUAUCUAAGUUUGUUUCCUGAAGACCAUGUGAUUGACAGAGAUAGGCUAGUGAGGCGAUGGAUAGCAGAAGGCUUCAUCUCUGAAGAGCGUGGACAGAGCAAGCAAGAGGUCGCAGAGAAUUACUUCUAUGAGCUGAUCAACAAAAGUAUGGUCCAACCGGUGGACAUUGAGUAUGAUGGAAAGGUCCGGGCGUGCCGAGUGCAUGACAUGAUGCUAGAAAUUAUUAUUUCAAAAUCAGCUGAAGAUAAUUUUACCACAGUGGUAGGUGGAGGCCAAACCAGUUUGAAAAAUCAUCAGGGUUUUAUUCGGCGGCUAUCAAUCCAGCACAUUGACAAAGAUCUGGCAUUUGAACUAGGAAAUGUUGAUCUAAGCCAUGUUCGAACUUUGAUAGUAAUGCCAUCAUGUUGCAUCACACACUUGCCCAGUCUUGAUCGGUUUGAAGUUUUACGUGUUUUGGAUUUUGAAGGUUGUGAGGAUUUAAGGGACUAUGAUAUGAAAGGCAUGGAAAAAUUAUUCCAGCUAAAAUACCUCAGCUUUAGGGGCACACGUAUAUCAAAGCUACCAUCAGGGAUCUUAAUGCUAGGUAAUCUGGAGACCCUAGAUCUUGAGACUACAUAUGUGGAAGAGCUGCCUGCUGGAAUUACUCGGCUGACUACACUACGUCACCUAAUUGGAUUUGUGGAGAAGCUACCAAAUGGGAUAGGGGGCAUGAGGAAGUUACAGUUGUUGCCAAAAUUUACUAUUAGCUCGCAAGAAACAAAUGUGUUGGAGGAUCUUGGGAACCUGACAAGUUUGGAGGAACUCCACUUGGAUCUUGGUGAUGAUGUAUCUUGCGAGGACAAGAUAUGUGAAAAAGUGGCGUUCCUCUCCUCACUGUGCAAGCUUGGCACCUGCAAGCUCCGUUAUUUGGAUAUAGAUGCGUACUGUAGUUCCCUCGACUUCUUAGAUUCUUGGUCCCCUCUGCCAUCUUCUCUUCAAAGCUUUUGGGCGGUCAACCGCGAUUCGUUCACGAACGUUCCGAAGUGGAUUACACCUGCACUCACCAACCUUGUGGACCUGUACAUCUGCUUAAAUGAACUGACGGAAGAUGGGCUGCUUACUCUUGGGCAACUCCCAUCCUUACUCCGCCUGGAACUAUGGCCAUUGAAGAAGUUUGUUGGUACAGUCCAAGCCACUUUUUUCCCAAAUCUAAAGGUGCUUAACUUCACAGAAACGGAACGAGCAUAUGUAUCGUUCGUGAAAGGGUCUGCGCCCAAGCUUGACGAACUUAGCAUGCCAUUCAGUGUGUCGGCGGCAAAAGUUAAUGGCUUCUACUCAGGAAUUGAGCAUCUCCAUUGUCUCAAACGAGGAACUCACAUACAGCUUGAUAGCGAAGAAGCAACACUUUCAGACAGCAAGGCUGCAGCAGCUGCCAAUCCCAACCAUCCUGAAGUUACUUUUUCAGAGGGAGAGAACAAUAAAGAGACUGGUGGUAGUGAUGAGGAGAAGAGCAAGAAAGAAGGUGCCGCCGAUGAGGAUUAAAAUGCUUACA